AUGACAACGAUGUUCGUCCAACUGCACCGCGUGGUGUACCUGUUGGUACUUCUGCACUUCUGUACUUGUGUGGUAUUUGCGAAUGGUGAUAGGACCUCAACACAGUCUAGGGAAGAGGAUAGGUUAAAGGAAAUGAGAGAUUUGAAAGCUAAUAUGGAAGAGAAGAAGAAAAAAGUUGAGGUUUUGCGUGCGUCAGUAAACACCGUAAAGAAAGAAUGGAGUGAAGUAUCGAAGUGUGCUCAGAAUGCAACGAAAACGGCCAAUGAAGUUAGAGACCUUCUUAUUGAGACUUCAGGCCCUAUGUUGCAUCUCCCUGAAAAUGUAAAUGAGAAGAAGAGUGAAUUGAAAGAGGUGUUAAGGAAGGCAGUAGAUGCAGCAAAAGAUAUCACUAAUGCCGUUGACAAGGCAAAUUUGACAGCUAAAAAAAUAAACAAUUUGGCGCAUGAAAUUCAACAGGGGGAAGAGGAUUUGGCUGAAGCGAUGGUUCCUCUUAUGUGGACUGCUAAUAAUCACAUUGACAAUGAAGAUGGAACGAGUCUCUCAGAGGAGAAGAAAAAAAUAAAGCAAUUUGCUGAAGAGUGCAAGGAAAAAGCGAAGGAAGUACAAACUUUUCUUAUGGAUGUCAAUGAGGUUACUAAAAGUGCUCACAGUUUAGCGGAGGAGGCCAAGAAACAGGCAGCAGUUGCCUCCGAUGCAGCAGCGGAACUUCAGAAAAUCAUUGAUGAUAUUUUCGAACGGCGCCCUCAGAUGAAAACAGAUCUGGAUCGUGAAAUUGAGGAGGAGAAACGAAGAUUAUCUGAAACCACGACAGCAAAUGAAGGUAAGGAACCACCACACAAUAAUAAUGAGUUAGACGAUUCACAUCCAAAUAAACAGAAUGAGAUGGGAGGCCAUACAAAUGCCCAACAGCAGCAGAAUCAACAGGACUCUGAGAAUAAAAAUGAAGAAAGCAAUGUUGCAACACAAGAGAAUAAUAAUAGUUCCCAGAGCAACACUCCAACGUCCAGUCAUUCAUCUGCUUCUGGAACUUCGCCAUCACAAAAUAUGCUAACUAAUACUUCUUCAGUUUCAAUCCCUUUAAAUGUUACUCAGUUAAGUGACAGCAGCAGCAGUCCUGCAUUGGUGCACAGUCCCUUAUUGAUGCUUCUUGUUUUGAUGUGUGUGCUGGGCUGCACUCUCGUUUGCUGA